AUGGCCACUCUGGUCGCUUCGUCGUCGUCAUCGUCAUCGGAAUCAGGUACUGACUCUAAGGCAGCGACAAAGACGACGUCGACUGAGGGUGGCAACACCACUAUGAACCAAAAGUUCUGUGCACUCGAUAGUAAAACGUCAACCUCUUUUUGCAAUCGUGCACCGCCAAACACUCGAUUUGAGACUCUACCAAACGAAUUGGAGGUGAUCGAAUUUCUUCAUGAACAUUUCGUCACUAUCGAACCAAUCCUUUCAAGUCUUUGUGUUUCAAAUACAGAUGAGCUUACCACUUUGCUAUGUGAUGUGGUUAAUGACUGUAUAACGUGCCCGGCAUCGAACGUGAUUCGAGAUAUCGGAUCUGGGCGUCUCUUAGGAGUCUGCCUAGCAAGCAGAUCAUGUCUUUUCGAAAAACAGGAGUGA